CGGCUCGCAGGGCUCGGGGGCUGAGAGCUUCGCCCCCGCCUCGCCGCCGACCCCUGCCUGGAGUAGCCGCGCGCUUGCGGACCCGCGCCGGCGGACAACACGCGCGGAGCCACACAAUGGCUUAUUCUGAGGAGCAAGGAGGUAUCCCGUGUGGUUUCAUCCGCCAGAAUUCCGGCAACUCCAUUUCCUUGGACUUUGAGCCCAACACGGAGUUCCAGUUUGUGGAGCAGUUAGAGGAGCGCUACAAAUGUGCCUUCUGCCGCUCCGUGCUGCACAACCCCCACCAGACAGGCUGUGGGCACCGCUUCUGCCAGCACUGCAUCGUGUCCCUGAGAGAAUUAAAUGCAGUCCCACUCUGUCCUGUAGAUAAGGAGGUUAUCCGAUCUCAGGAGGUGUUCAAAGACAAUUGCUGCAAAAGGGAAGUCCUCAAUUUGUAUGUGUAUUGCAAAAAUGCUCCUGGAUGUAAUGCCAAGAUUAUUCUGGGACGAUACCAGGACCACCUCCAACAGUGCCUAUUUCAAGCUGUGCAGUGUUCUAAUGAGAACUGUCAGGAACAAGUCCUUCGGAAAGAUCUGAAGGAACAUUUGAGUGCACGUUGCCAUUUUCGAGAGGAAAAAUGCCUUUAUUGCAAAAAAGAUGUGGUAGUAAUCUAUCUACAGAAUCACGAAGAAAACUUGUGUCCUGAGUACCCAGUAUCUUGUCCUAACAGGUGUUUGCAGAUUAUUCCAAGAACUGAGGUGGAUGAACACCUCGCUGUGUGUCCUGAAGCUGAACAAGACUGUCCUUUUAAGCACUAUGGAUGUACUGUAAAGGAUAAACGGGGGAACCUGCAGGAGCAUGAGCAUUCAGCCUUACGGGACCACAUGCUUCUGGUUUUAGAAAAGAACUUCCAAUUAGAAGAACAGAUUUCUGAUUUAUAUAAGAGCCUAGAGCAGAAAGAGAGUAAAAUCCAGCAGCUAGCAGAAACUGUAAAGAAAUUCGAAAAGGAGUUCAAGCAGUUUGCACAGCUGUUUGGCAAAAAUGGAAGCUUCCUCUCAAACAUCCAGAUUCUCGCCACUCACAUUGACAAGUCAGCUUGGCUAGAAGCUCAAGUGCGUCAGUUAUUACAAAUGGCUAACCAGCAACAAAAUAAAUUUGAUCUGCGGCCUUUGGUGGAAGCGAUUGAUACAGUGAAACAGAAAAUUACCCUGCUAGAAACCAAUGAUCAGAGACUAGUUGUUUUGGAAGGAGAGACUAACAAACAUGAUGCCCACAUUAAUAUCCAUAAAGCCCAACUGAAUAAGAAUGAAGAGCGAUUUAAGCUGCUGGAAGGGGCCUGCUAUAAUGGAAAGCUCAUCUGGAAGGUGACGGACUAUAAGAUGAAGAAGAGAGAGGCACAGGACGGGCACACAGUGUCCAUCUUCAGCCAGCCUUUCUAUACCAGCCGGUGCGGCUACCGGCUCUGUGCUAGAGCGUACCUGAACGGGGAUGGGUCUGGGAAAGGGACACAUCUGUCGCUGUACUUCGUGGUCAUGCGAGGGGAGUUUGACUCCCUGUUGCAGUGGCCAUUCAGGCAGAGGGUGACCCUGAUGCUUUUGGACCAGAGUGGCAAAAAGAACCACAUUAUGGAGACCUUCAAGGCCGACCCCAGCAGCAGUAGCUUUAAAAGACCCGACGGGGAGAUGAACAUCGCGUCUGGCUGCCCCCGCUUUGUGGCUCACUCCACUUUGGAGAAUGCCAAGAACACCUACAUUAAAGAUGACACCGUGUUCCUGAAAGUGGCUGUGGAUCUAACUGACCUGGAGGACCUCUAGUCCCUGUUUCUGGGGUGAGGAAGGGCGUGUUGGGCCCAGAACCAUGGAGGAGGACACCUGUGAUUAUCAUAUGGAUGGACUUGGAGCUCAGUACACAUUUGUAGUUGGCUUUUUGCCCCUGGUGUUUGAAGUCCGUUUAAAACUUCUCAAGUGCUAUCAUCUUUUUACAUUUUACUCUGU